AUGCGUCUCACCACCUCAAAAGACCCCGUUGUCAUUGGAGAGGCCCCCUUAGCUUGCUCCAUGCACUCCUGUGGGCGACGUGCGUUUGCUGACGGCCGCAUUGACCAAAAGGGUCUUCCCCGUCUUCCCCGUCUUCAUCUGCCUCCUUCUACACCUUCCUCCCGUCGUCGUGCCCAAGUUGUUGUGGAAAUCACACGGCCACCACCCCGCCCAGCUUCUCGAGCGGUCCGCAAACCAUCUGUCACCCGCACCAGUAACCUUAUCCCUCCCAUCACUUCAGUCAAGGGUGGAACAUCCGGCUCUGAAUAUGACAACAGUGCUGACAAUGACGACGAUGAAGACGAGGAGUCCCAAGUUAGCGAGAUUGAUAGUCGCCCUGUGAAGCGCCUUAGGCGUUGA